AUGACGCAAGGAGAUCCUGCGGCCAGGGGUGCAAAUGAGCCCAUUGAUACCAACCAACCCUCUCUCAGGGCACCAGAUUCUAACCAGAACCCAAGUGGACCGCAGCCGAGGGGUCCUCACAUCCAGGUGCCCCCUAAUGAGAGUGGUGCUGGGAUUACCCUGCCGAAAGUCAUUUCAUCUCUGGAGGCCGAGCCACAAGAAAAGGAAACCCCACCGGAUUCGAAAGUCAGCGAUGAUGUGUUAAGCUUCCCGGUGUAUCUCCAGAACGGCAGCGUACACCACGCCAUGACCUUCGGCGAUGAUCAGAAAGAUGAGCCAAUCAUAGAGACCUAUGAUCCUGCCAUCAAGUGGUGGAGCCUUUCCCUCGAAAAUGUGUUUAAUCUGGUCAGGCUGAUCGACCCCACUAGCGGGCUCGACGUGGAAGAGGUUCCAGAGCACGCCAGGGAUUUGGGGGAUAACCGAAUUCGGAUCCAAGGGGGGCCCAAAUGGUAUUUUAUCUUAGCCAGACAAUUCCUGAAUGCCAUCACACUCAUCCUGGGCAUUGUGAUCGUCAUCAGUAUCAUAUUCAAAGACUGGGCGGAGUUCGGUGUGGUGCUCGCCAUUGUAAUCUUCAACGGAGGUCUGGGCUUUUACCAGGAGUUCAGUGCGGAGAAGUCCAUGCAGAGUCUAAAGGAAAUGACAGUAGGUGUGGCGCGAGUGAUCCGCAAUGGUGCCCCCGAGGUCAUUUUUAUUCAUGAAGUUGUUGUGGGGGAUGUGAUUAUUCUCGAACAGGGUGCGUGUGUGCCUGCCGACUGCCGUGUUUUUGAGUCUAACGGCCUGGAGGUGGAUGAAGCCCUGCUCACCGGGGAGGCGCUGCCGGUCCUCAAACAUGCCAAAGUCAUCCCAGAUCCCGAAAGUCGCUGUGCGUUAGGCGAUCGCAAGAACAUGGUCUUCCGCAAUACGCUCGUUACGCAGGGCCGCGGCAAGGCGGUCGUGAUUGCGGCAGGCCCGCACACGGAGAUGGGGAAACUUGCCAAGCAGCUGAGCAGUUCCAAAGGGAAUGAGAAGACGGAUUUGAUGGUGAAGCUGGAUUACAUGAUGUACAUUCUUUUCGCUUGUGCCAUUGUGUUGGGGGUUGUGGUAUUUGCGGUGCACAAAAUGGAGUUUAACGCGUUAAUCUUGUCAUACGCGACGGCUGUCGGAAUUGCCAUCUUUCCAGAGUCGCUGAGCGCCGUCAUCACUGUGGCAAUGACGGCCUCAAUGAAACAAAUGGCGCAGAAGAAGUGUAUCGUGCGGAAGCUGCCCGUGCUAGAGGUUAUCGGUGGCGUUACGGAUAUCUGCUCCGACAAGACCGGGACCCUAACGGAGAAUAAAAUGGUUGUCAAGAAGGUUUUGAUUGGUUCCAAUGAGACUUACCUGGUGACGGGCGCGCCGUACGAUGUCCAUGGCAUGUUUGUUCCUAUCAACGAAUAUGGCGUGGAGGAAGAGGCCCUUGAGAUUCGUCAUAAGUACCCAGAUUGUCCGCACAUUUAUGAGUUUUUCAGGUGUUGUGCUCUUUGUAGCAGCACCAUUUUACGCAUUUCAGAUGAUGAUAUGGACACGCUUGUUGGCAACGGCAACCCCACUGAGAUCGCGGUACAGGCUAUGACGUGGAAAGCGCAGCUCAAUCGGGAUCAGCUUGAGGGUGAGGGCUGGGUUUGCCUUGCGGAAUAUGCUUUCGAUUCCACUAUUAAGCGUAUGUCCGCUGCAUGGUAUAAAGCCUCUAGUAAGGAGCUGUACCUUUGCACGAAGGGCGCUCCAGAGCGUAUUCUCGACCUCUGCACCUAUAUCUUCGACGAAAAAGGAGCCAAGACUCUAAUCACCCAUACAGACAUUGAGAAGAUUAACCAUGUGAUCGGAAGCAUGGCCAGGCAAGGUUUACGCACGCUUUGCUUUGCGUGCCGCGACGAAGGGAUCGACCGCUUUCCUGUUCCUAAGGACAAGCCUUUUGCCGACCUUCACGUGCGCAGCGACAUAGAACACGAUCUGGUUUUUCUGGGCGUCGUCGGCAUGUAUGACCCGCCUCGGCCGGAAUCGCUUCCGUCGAUCAUCGCCUGUCAGCACGCCGGGAUUCGCGUGCGUAUGCUCACCGGGGAUCACAUUUUAUCCGCCGGUACCAUCGCCUCGAUGCUGAAUAUCAUCCCGAAUGGCGAUGUGGAUGAUCCCAUCAAGUUGCAGGCGGGGCCCGACUUCGACAAGCUCGACGAUGCCACCAUCGACGCGUGGGAGGAUCUUCCCUACGUCAUCGGCCGGUGCUCGCCCGAGUCGAAGGUGAAGAUGAUCGAAUCCCUGCACCGCCGCAAGCGCGUCGUCGCAAUGACGGGCGACGGCUUUAACGAUUCUCCGAGCAUCAAGAUCGCGAACGUCGGCUGUGCUAUGGGUUCCGGCGUCGACGUUACCAAGGGCGUCGCCGAUCUCAUCAUUAUGGACGACAACUUCGCCACCAUCGUAAAGGCGAUUGCGGAGGGCCGACGCAUCGCGCAGUGUAUUUGUAAAUUCAUCGUCCACCUGCUCUCCAGCAACGUGGCGGAGGUGAUCGUGCUGAUCUGCGGCCUCGGGUUUAGCCAUGAAGGGAACACGCUCUUCAUCCUCUCCCCACUGGAGAUUCUUUGGCUAAACAUGCUCACCUCGGCGCCCCCGGCGAUCGGCCUUUCCAUGGACAGCCCCACGGAGGACAUCCUGCUCGUUCCGCCAAACACUCGUGGCGUCUUCAGCCUUGAGUUGAUCAUGGAUACGUGCAUUUACGGCCUUUGGCUGGGCGCCGCUUCGCUGAUUGGAUUCGUCGUCAUCCUCUACGGCUUCGAGAACGGCCCCGCCGGCCACGACUGCAACAAAAGGACCGGAACGAUGGAGUGCAAACCGGUGUGGCAGGCGCGCUGCACCGCCUUCAGUAUUCUCUACUUCGGCCUCUUUAUACACGCCUACACUGUACGCCACCCACGCCUUUCGAUCUUCCGCAUGAAGUGGCUCGACAACAUGUGGAUUUUCGGCUCCGUGGUGAUGGGAACCGUGCUGUUUAUCCCGAUCGUUUACGUUGACGCGAUCGCGCACAACAUCUUCGUGCAUCACAUGAUCACGUGGCACUGGGCUGUCCUCGUUGUUGCGGUUCUUUCCUUUUUGGGUUUAUGCGAGUUGUACAAAGUCAUCAAGAAUAUACUUUACCCCAUCAAGAGGCUUUCCGUGUUCUUCGACGAAGAGGAAAGAUCCGAGAUACUUCAGGAGUAUCGCACCUUUACUCACACCGAUCACGACGCGCGCUCCCUCACCGAGAUCAACGAAGAAAACCUGCGCAUGUCAUUCGCAUCGUUCGCGCAUGGCGUUGGAACGACCAGCACGGCGUCGUUCCGGUUCCCACCUGAAAGGAGAAAAUCGAUCAAGAAGAAGAAAAAGCGCUUAGCCGGUUAUAACUCUUCCUAUGGGGUAAAUGUAAGAUAA